UCGCUGCUGCUUCCGUCCUCUCACCUUCCAUACAGCACCUCUACCUGCCGAGCCUCAGUGGGUUCUGCCUGGCCUUGGUUGGUCCUCAGUCUCUCUGGCUGCAGAAGUUUCCUUUCCUCCAAUGAGAGGGGAAGUGGGGCCCAGUCUCUUGAGAGCCAAGGGUUGAGGACGUUCAGCCAACAUAGUCUCGUGACGUCUACCCCUAAAACACCUGCAUCUUCCAUGCAGAGCCAAGAUGGGGAAUGGAAAAGAGGAUGAUUAUAACUUUGUCUUCAAAGUGGUGCUGAUUGGUGAAUCAGGUGUGGGGAAGACCAACCUGCUGUCACGCUUCACCCGCAAUGAGUUCAGCCACGACAGCCGCACUACCAUAGGAGUUGAGUUCUCCACCCGCACUGUGAUGCUGGGCACUGCUGCCAUCAAGGCUCAGAUCUGGGACACAGCUGGCCUGGAGCGAUACCGAGCCAUCACCUCAGCGUACUAUCGUGGAGCAGUGGGGGCCCUCCUGGUGUUUGACCUAACCAAACACCAGACCUAUGCUGUAGUGGAGCGCUGGCUGAAGGAGCUCUACGACCAUGCUGAGGCCACUAUUGUUGUUAUGCUUGUGGGGAACAAAAGUGACCUCAGCCAGGCCCGAGAAGUGCCCACUGAUGAGGCCCGUAUGUUUGCUGAAAACAAUGGGCUGCUAUUCCUGGAGACCUCAGCUCUGGACUCUACCAAUGUUGAAUUGGCCUUCGAGACUGUCCUCAAAGAGAUCUUUGCAAAGGUGUCCAAGCAGAGGCAGAACAGCACCCGGACCAACACCAUCACCCUGGGCGAUACCCAGCCUGGGCAGGACCCCAGCUCUGGAGAGAAGAAGGCCUGUUGCAUCAGCCUUUAACCUUGGCCAUGGCCAACCCUGUCCCUGUGCUCCUGGAUCCCCCACCGUCUCUCCUGUGGGACCUUUCCCUGCCCUUUUGUACCCUGUUCACAGCCUCCCAGGGCCUCAGGGUCUGUAUGCCUACCGUCUUUCUUUCCAUUGCCUGUCUGCCUAUCACAGAUCAGAGCUCUCAAAUAAAGCUGUGUUUUGUAGCAA